UAUUUAUUCUCUCCCCUCUUUUGAUUUCCCUCUCAAACGCUCAUCAUCGCCAUCGUCCAACAAGAAGAAGAAGAAGAAGAAGAAAAAUGAUGGAUCCUCGAGCUUUGUUGUGUUUCACUCUCAUUUCCAUUGCCUUCCCCCUCGCCCGAGCUCAGUCUCCCUCCAGUCCUCCCACUGCCACCCCUUCUCCUCCCACCACCUCCACCCCUCCUCCUGUUUCAUCUCCCCCUCCAGCUGCUACUCCUCCUCCGGCAUCCCCACCACCGGCCUCUCCACCUCCCGCAUCCCCACCACCAGCGACUCCACCUCCGGCUUCCCCACCACCGGCAUCUCCUCCUCCGGCUUCCCCACCACCCGCAUCUCCCCCUCCGGCAACUCCUCCACCAGCAUCUCCUCCUCCUCCCGCGACUCCACCACCUGCACCAUUGGCAUCACCGCCGACGGCAGUUCCAGCUCCUGCACCAAGUAAGAAGAAGGUGAAGGCAGCAGCUCCGAGUCCGUCUCCUGUUUCGAGCCCGCCUGCGCCGUCAGUAGAGGCUCCAGGACCUGCAGGUCCUGAUCAAUCUCCUACCCCAUCUCAGAACGACAAUAGUGGAGUGGAGAAAGUUUGGAGAAAGGAGAGUAUGGUGGGGAGCAUAGUGAUUGGAAUGGGAUAUGUAUUUUUGAUGCUUUAGGGAGAAGAAAAGGGUUUCUUUUUGCUGUCUAUGUGUUGCCUCUUCUUUUCUUUUCUUUUUUCUUUCAUUAUUUCUUCUUCUUUGGAUGGCUCUAUAUUUCAUUUCAUUUUGAUUAUUAUUAUUAAUUAGCCCAUGUCUUGUUUGGGACUUUUGAUUUAUUAUUAUUAGCCUUUUGGAUCAGUACUACUCUCUCUUUAUAUAUAUAUAUAAUGACCCAUUUUGCUUGGGAUUCUUUUGAGGCAAAAAUAUCUUUGUAUCUACACCCUAUUUAGAGGGAACUUCUCUUAUAUAUGUUCUCAUUCUCAUUAUUUGUUCA